AUGGAAGUUGUGAAAAGUUGGCUGGAUCACAACGAAUGCAGUAGCAAGCUCUGUACGCAGCUUACCUUCUGGAGUCGGGUGCUUCUUAAUCUGUCGCUCAGCACCGCAAUUUCCUGCUCGUUUGUAUUGAUCAUGGUGGUGGCUUAUGAACGUGUGAAUCGCCGUCUUACGCUUGGUGGGGAUCCGCUUAACCUUUCACAGCGAUUCCCGAAUCUGUUCUUUUGGAGCAUGAUAGUUUUCUCCGCGUGCGGAAUCGGGAUUUUUAUUGUCCGCUUUGAUGAGCCGCGCUUUUUCAUGAUCUCGACGAUGCUGCCUGCCCUUGUGACUACGAUCGAAUGCCUGAUCCUCAUCAUGCGCCUAGGCAACAUUCGCGGAUACCAUUUGCAAGAUCAGGACGAGGACAACUAUUACAGUUUGCAAUGGAUUAUGCGACUUACGAUGUUCUACGUGUUUGCGACGAUAAAGCUG